AUGAUGAGCAGUAAAGGUUCCAAUAUUGAAACCCGACAGCGCCCAGUCAGACUCUCGGACCCGAAAGUUCCGAGUAAUCGACCUUUAAGAAUUGGAAAGAACAGUGCAAGAGGUCAUAGAUGCCAUACUUGCCGCCCUCCUAAAUUUUUUCUUAACGCAUUGGAACUAAAAGUACAUCGAGCUUCGAACCACUUUCAGGAGCAAUGUGUCUGUCCUGAACCUGGCUGUGACCGUGAAUUCAAUAACAGGAACUCACUUCGACGCCAUAUUGAAAGCCAUGAGGGAAUAGGAACUAAAACCACCAAGUCAUCACUCAAGCAACUGGAACUUCAUUCAAAUUCUACGGAUGCUGAAAGUUUACUCUCAAAAGAUGCACCACGGCCAAAUCGUCCUUCUACUGGCACUGACAAUCAACAAUCCAAUGAGGGCGAACAACAGUCGGUCUCGCAUGGGACGCUUGGAAGCAUGCCCGUUGGACAACAAAAUGCAACGUACGAGCUCCCAACAGAUACGCUGUCUAACUCAAUGACUCAACCGCAAGAGCCUCAACCCAAAGAGCAGAUGGGAUCAAUAAAUAAUUUAGAAGACGCCCCGAGUACCCAUAUGAUUCGGGUACAGGACCAGCUCGAACAGGCCGACGUGAACAACGUAUCACAACAAGUACAAGAGAACGAACCAAGCUUUAAGGUCCUAGAAGAACAGCAAACUGUAUUGUCUCUUCUUAAAGACUUUAAAGAACCCAUGCCAUCAGUUCAUCAGCUCAGGAUGAAUUCUAUGGAUCUCCCGCCGCCUUUGCUCGAGCAGGUUGGAUAUUACUAUAGCGUUCCACCCGAAGCGAGAAAAUGGAAAGAUGUCUGGAAAUGGGCGGAGCAAACUAAUGUUUCUCCUUCAAUAAGAUAUAGGCUUGAUAGGGUGCAAAGGACGCAAUUUGUCGAGUAUAUGCAGAGACAGAUAGAAAGACGCAACCUGCAACAGUCACCGGGGGCACAACAGCAACAGCAACAGCAACAGCAACCACAACCGCAACCGCAAAACUCGCAUCAACAUCCAGCCCAGCAUCUGCGUCAACCCCAGAAGGACGACUUUAACCACGGUCAGCAAGACCCUGACCAGACUUCAAAAUUACCAAUCCCACCUCACGAUGCGCUUCUUAUGCAGGUGACGCCCCAAGACCUCAUAAAUUGUCGCAACGCAAACCCUAAGGUUGCCAGCCUUACCGAUGAUCAGCUUAGAGCAUUCAUAAUCCAAAUCAAGCAACGACAAUGGGCUGCCGCCAUACAGAAGGAGAUGAGCAUACCGCAGGCUCAGGAGCAGCUUAAAAGAGUUCCUUUGAAGCUCCAACCAAAAGUCGCCUUGAGUUCUUCUAUCUCAAUUCACUCCACAAUCUCUAAAGAUAACACAACCGGCGAAGAUGCACGGAUUGCUUUACUGUUUGCUGAUCUGGGCGAGAGAUUGAAUAGUUGUCCCAAAACAAGCAGGAAAAACAAGCCUGAGACAUAG